AUGGUUGCUACUCCUGGUACCCUCAACUCAGUUGUGAAGACCAGUGACAAAAGUUGGCCAGACUUCCUCUGGGCCUUCACCAUGCUGGCCCAAGACAAUUUUUUGGGCCUGAGUUACUGGGUCGCUGCCUCAUUGGAACUCACUGUGCAUGUGGGCGAUUCUGUGCUCAUUGGCUGCUUUUGCCAGAGUACCAAAGAGAAACCUGUGAUCAAAGUAGACUGGAUCUUCUCCUCGGGACAGCAAACCCAGGAUGAAUUUGUGCUGUACUAUUACUCCAACCUCAGCGUGCCUUUGGGGCGCUUCCAGAACCGCGUGCAGCUGGUGGGAAAUGUCUCAGGUGGGGAUGGUUCUCUCCUGCUCCAGGACGUGCAAGAAGCAGACCAAGGCAACUUCACCUGUGAAAUCCGCAGGGCAUUGGAGAGCCGGGUGUGGAAAAAACGCAUGCUGCUGCAAGUGCUGCCAGCUGAGCCCGAAGAGCUCUCGGUCCAGGUGGGUGACUCGAUUCAGAUGGGAUGCGCCUUCCACAGCACAGAAGAGAGCCCCGCCAUUGAGGUGGAGUGGAGGUUCUCGUCAGAGGAGCAGGCCCAGGAGGAGGUGAUACAACGCAGCAUCCCUGGGAGACACCCCCAGAUCCUGCUGGGGGCUGCGUCUCCCACUGAGGGCACCACCAUGCUGCAUGGGGUGACGGAAUCUGACGGAGGAAGAUACACUUGCCUCGUGUACCUGGGGGGCCAGGUGCUGAGGAAGAUCAGAGUGCUACACGUGACCCCACUGAGCACCACGACAUUGCUGACCCCCAGCACACAGAAGCACGAGUUCUUGGGUGGAAACCACCUGGUGAUGCUGGUGGGGAUCAUCUGUGCCACCAUCAUUCUGCUCCCCGUGCUUCUCCUGCUUGUGGUGAGAUGCCGCCGCCUGGACAGCGUGGCGACUUCCACAAAGAGCCUGGAGAACACGCAGAAGGCACUGCCAGAGAAGCACGUGUACUCAGCCAUUGGCACUAGAGAGGUGACUGUGGAGAACGAGACCAGCGAGAAGUCGGAGGCCACAUACAUGACCAUGCACCCGGUCUGGCCUCAGAGGCCCGUGGAGCCAAAUCACAGCCCUUCAUGGAGGGCACCCGAGGGACUGCCCAGAGCCAAGUGGACACACUGA